AUGGCUGCCGGUGGCGGAGAUGGUGUCGGAGCUAGCAGAUGUAGUAAAGGUGGAGGAGCGGAAAAGAAGAAGCGGGGGCCUAAGCAAAAGAAUCCAUACAAAGGGAUCCGUAUGAGGAAGUGGGGAAAGUGGGUAGCUGAGAUUCGUGAUACGAAUACAAGGCUCUGGCUCGGCUCCUACUAUACCCUGGUGGCUACUGCCCGGGCCUACGGCGUGGCCCUGUUUUACUUGCGUGGCCCGGCAGCCAAGCUUAACUUCCCCGACUGCGUGGUUGGCGAUGGGCACCACCGCCAACUCGUGCCAAAGGAGAUUCAGAAUCGAGCCACAGCAGUUGGAUAUAGGAUCGAUGCAAUUCAGAGGGGACUACAUAUAUCAUCCACUCAGAUGAGCGUCAACGUUGUUGAUCACCGCCCCGAGUCAGAUGUUUAUGUUACACCUGACUUGAACAAGUACCCUCACCUCGACUAA